ACCAAUGCGUGUUGAAUGGUUUUACAACAAUCCACUUUAUGCUUUGCUGGGUAUCAUACCAAAGAAGAUGACUGGCAAAACAUGGGAGGAACUUAUUAAGCAAGAACUGUUUGAUAAAUUAGACAUGAGUGAUAGUUCAUUUAUUGACUGGGGUCCCAGAACAAAUUGGACGAACUGGGCUCGUUGGCACAUCAGUGUUGGAGGUCUACUUCUGUCUGACCCCCUCGAUAUUAGCAUAUUCAGGGGUAUCGGUAGAUCAACGGGGCCUGCAGGUGCGGUUGCUCUAACCGCUGAGGAUGCCGGGAAAUGGUUGUCUUUCCAGUUAAGCCAGGGGAAAGACGUCAGUGGUCGUCAAGUCGUCAGUGAAGAUGUGAUCAAUAAAAUGAGAGAAGCAUCAAUAGUUUAUACUCCAGCAGUGCUCCCAAAUUUGAAUAACACAUUGCCAGUUGCCCCUUAUACACACGUGGGCUCAGAUCGUUAUGGGCAGGGUAUCCACAUCGGAUGGCAUAGAGGAUUUCCUAUGUACAGUCAUUAUGGAGGGAUUGUUGGCUAUUCUGCACACAUGGCGAUGCUGCCCACGGCCAACAUGGGGGUGUUCAUGGCAAGGAAUACACUUGGCGUGCCAUGGGCAUUUCAAGAACUUAGACUUGCACUUCUAGAUAUACUAUUGGGUGAGACGCCACUAUACAACUCUAGUACUAUAUGUGAUAUCAAUAACCUGCGAUAUGAAAGACCUAAAAACGUGAAAGAUGAGGACCUAGGAUU